UGUCAUUUUGACACUCUUGCUCGGACUCUUGGCCGGGUGCGCCGUGCGUUACUCUCCGCGGAUGCUCUCUCUUCGUUUGUCGAUCCAUCGGGUAGAGCAGUUCAAGGGUCCAAACCAUUGGGUAUCGCUUGCGACUUCUCCACCUGACCGAACAUCGGCACAACAUCUGCGCCGCAAACCACUCAAAUCCGAAGCUGCAUGCAUUGCAGCCUCGUCAUCUCGUCCCAUCCAAGAGUAUUCUGUAUUCAAGACGCAGAAGGAUCUUGGGUAACAUUCAGAGUAGUGGAUUACGAGUGAUCCAUCAAGUGAGGCAUAACGUCAACGCGUACGCAUCCACCAGUCGACGUGCGAUCCAUGGUGAUUAUCACUUCGCAGCGCUCUCAGUCACCACUGCCUAUAAGCGCAUCAUCUGACUUGGUUUGUCAAGGGAGUAUCGUCGCCAAAGGCGGCACCAGCUUGUUUGGCGAAACGAUGAGCGGCUCCCGCUCAAGCGCAAAUGGCCAGGGACUGCGGGGGUCCGCAGGUACCAACUUUUCGUCCUUUACCUUUCCCCCUGGUCGACGAAAGUCUCCGCCGGUGGCUGCCAAGGAAAGUGAAAAGGCGUGGGAGCAGGAUCAGAUGCAGAGGCACUCCAAUGGGGACGUUGGUCAGAAGAGCAUCCAGCCAUCAAGCGAGCGCGGCAAGGAGUUGGACGAUGCCGCUGAUGUGACCAUCACUGCAGACCCAGCAAGGCGACCGUGUGAGGAAGAGGAUGGGGAAUUGACGUACGCAACAGAUCAGGAGGCGGUGUUGUCAAAGAACAGUUCAACUGUCCAGCUCACCUGCCUAACGGCUGCGUCUCCUUCAGUGCCAGCUGCUGUUGUCCUACCUGGCAUCCAGAAUCUGCUCAAUUCGGCAGACAAUGCGCCUCUACCACCAUUUUCCAGCUUGCGGCAGCAUCAUCAUCACGCCCAAGGCGCGCAUUCGUGGAGCUCAGGGCACGAGCGGAGCAACAGCCACUCACCUACGACAUCUGCAGGCUCUUCAUCCUCCGUAGGCGUUGAUGCAGCAUCGAGCACAAAGGAAAACCAGCUGCAAGUGGAGCCUGGCACGGUGCUGACGGCGGCGGCACAAUUGCUUCAUACCGCCGGAGCAGGAGGUGCGGGAUCCGUCGGCAGCAGCAGCAGAAAGAGUCGCAGAGGUCAGGCGUAUCCGCCGUCUGCGCGGAUGCACAACGAGUUCGUAUUCCCCGGGAGAUCGCAACGCGAGCUGCCCACAGUCUCCAGCAAUGUAGUCGCAUCGUCGGGUCUCGCCGUGGCGGAUGUUGUAUUGAUGCAGCGGCGCUUCGCCUCAGAAUCGCCCAAUCUCCCAACGCUUCCGCCGUCGAUGUUGCCAGGUUCUGCAGCUUCGGCGCCAGGGGCAGGGUCCUGGUCCGCAGAUCAGGGCCCACUGCCGCUGCCAGCGAUCCUGCGCUCCCCACAACUGCAGCAACGACAGCCGCAGCCGUCAAGCGUACGGCCACAUCGCCGCACAGGUCGUAGACCUAGCAGCUUGGGCUCAGCAGAGAUUAGCGAUGCUGCUGCGCCGAUUUUCGGCACGCCCGGCGCAUCUGCGUCGUUCCCGAGACGUCGGCAUAUCUCUGACGAGUGUCAGCGGACGAGGCCAAACUUGCCAGCCGAAAUGACUGGGAUCAACCUGCCGCCUCUGGUGCCGUCGAACGGUAGCAGUAUUGUCAGCAGUGGAAUCGGCAGCCCGCAAGCACACAGAAGUUCAAGUCUCAGAGGCCACCGCUCGACGGGCUCAGCGGCUUUCACUGGGUGUUUCAACCGCCCAGGUAUCGUCCGCCAGCCGCCGGCGCCACACACUUGGGGAGCGCGACAGCGCUUCGUUGUGUCUUAAGCGGUCCAACUCGUCGGGCUCGACCUACGGAACAGCCAGAAGGGCCGGUCGUGUGUCGCCAUAUCCAUCACCCGGGCCCGUCAUUGCGCCGCCGCCA